AUGGCCACACGGCUAUGCCCCACACUUGCAGGGUCAGCCCAGGGGGGCUUCUCCCUCACUGCCAUGGCAGGGAGCACGUACCGAGCCAGACGGCCCUGCGUGAUGUUGCAGGUGGCGAUGGGCACUCUGAAGGGCACUGGCCCCCUCUUUCUGGCACUGCUGGUGGCCUGCCUGCUCCUUUGCGACUCAACCCAGGGCCCGCGCUAUCAGAAGUUCCUGCGGCAGCACCACGACAACCCGCGGACCAACGCCGGGCGGGAUUACUGCUGGGCCAUGAUGCAGCGCCGGGGCAUGGCCCGGCCCUGCAAAGACAUCAACACCUUCAUCCACGCCUCCCGGGCCCAGAUCCAGAGUGUGUGCAGGGAUGGGGGCACGCCCUACCAGGGCAUGCGCCGCAGCAAGAGGCCGCUGGCUGUCACCACCUGCGAGCUGAGGCGGACGCAGGGCACCCGGUGCAUCUACCGCAGCCAUGCGGCCUCCAGGUACAUUGUCAUUGGCUGCGUCCACGGCACAUGGCCGGUGCAGUACAACGAGAAAGCGUGA